AUGUCUCAAGAUUUGUUGGAGACGUUGAGGAAUAAUCCUCAGGAAAUCUUCGAGCUCUACAAGCCCAAAGAGUCUGAUGAGACCUCAUCGCAGAAUAUCUUCAACGAGAUGACCAAGACCUUCUUGGACCCGUUCACCAAAAAGUAUUCUGUUUUGGACGAAAUAUACGUUGAUGGUUUAGAUUCCAGUCAAGUUUUUGGCCAGACGAAAAUGGUUUUGGACGGGGUUGGAGAAACACUUCUUGCUUCUGUGAUUCCAGAGUUGAAGGAGAAGUAUGGAGUAGCACAGGAAAGCGAGCCAGAAGACGAGGAAGACUCUUCCAGCGAUGAAGAAGGAGAGUUUGAAGAAAAAGAAGAAGAAAAUGACGAACUUGAAGCUGAGCAGAGUCUUGAUGAAGAUCAAAAGGAUGAAGAUCAAGAAGAUGAAGAUCAAAAAGAUGAUGAAGAAGAAGAAGAGCAAGAUAUUCCUGUCAAGAAGGAUGUAUUUGGACUUAACGACGAGUUCUUCGACAUCGAUGAAUACAACAAACAAGUGAUGAAGUUAGAAGAAGCUGCCGAGAACGAUGACUACGACGAGAAGGAAGAAGAAAUCGACUAUUUUGCAGCUUUGAGUGAUGAAGAUGAGGAGGAAGAAGAGGAGGAAAUGGCAUACUAUGAUGACUUCUACGACAAACCCGGAAAGGAGGAGGAGGAGGAAGAAGAAGAAGGAGAUUUCAGUGAAGGAGAAAUAGACAACGCCAUGGGUUCGGCAAUGUUGGACCUAUUUGCUGACGAAGUCGAUAAUGAAGAGGUCUCUUCCAAGAAUGAGAAAACCAUGUCCUCUUUCGAGAAACAGCAGCAACAGAUUCAAGCAGAGAUAGCUAAAUUAGAGGCAGAACUUGUAGCAGAUAAGAAAUGGACUAUGAAGGGUGAAGUUGGCUCUAAAGACAGACCACAGGAUUCUCUUCUUGAUGAUCCAGAGUCUGCAAAUAUGGCUUUUGACAGAACGUCAAAGCCUGUACCUAUUGUUACACAAGAGAGCACAGAAGCAUUAGAAGAUUUGAUUAGACGCAGAAUCAGAGAAGAACAAUUCGACGAAGUUCCAAAGAGAUUAGUAGCCGAUGUGGCUAGAUUCCACAACAAGCAGAAAUUUGAAUUGUCUGAACAAAAAUCAAGUAAGUCAUUGUCUGAAAUGUAUGAAGAUCAGUACAAAAAUGUUGAUACAGAAAAAGAAGUCAGUGAAGAAAUCCAAAAGCAGCAUGACGAAAUAACAGAGCUAUUUACCAAGGUAAGCCACCGGCUAGACGCUCUUUGUUCGGCACAUUUCAUCCCCAAGCCUCAUCAAUUUAAAACUAUUGAAAUCAAGGUCAGUGACAAUGCCGCCUCAAUUAAUAUGGAAGACGCUCAACCAUUGCAUGUUUCGAGUGAAUCCACUUUGGCGCCUCAAGAAAUAUAUAAGAUUGGCGAUGACAAGCCUGUUGCGAACGGAGCUAAGGGUAGAUCUGAAGUCCAAUUAAAAUCUGGUUUGUCAUUCUCCAAGGAUGAGUUAUCUAGAGAAGACAAGCAGAGAUUGAGAAGAGCCAACAAAAGAAAGAGAGCUAAGGAGUUCAACCAAAGAAAGGAAUUACAAGAACAGAAACAGAAGCAAACCGGUGCUGCUCCAGCCAAUAAACGCCAAAAAGUGGGCGAGGUUAUCAAUACAUUAUCUAAGGCUAAGAAUAUCACUGUUAUUGGCAAGAAGGGAGAAAUGAGAGAUGUAAAGGGUAACGUGAAAAAGCUGCAAGGGGCACAAACUUCGAACAACUUUAAGUUGUAGAGAAAACAUGAAUAAUUUAAUGCAUAACUGGCAGCUGCCAGAUAUUUUAUAGCGUGUAUAAUAUUUGUAUUCAUACAAAACAACUAUAUUUGACAGAAGAAUUACUUU